ACAACCUCUUUCUUUUUGGUUUUUAAAUCAACCUCAGAGUCCUAGAACACACGUGGAAGAAAAACCUCCUUCAGGUAAUCAACUACUUUUUCUGUCUAAUAUCACAAUGGCAGAUGUACAAGAAGCUGAUAAGAACAUUGAGAUUUGGAAGUUCAAGAAAUUGAUCAAAGAUCUUGAAGCUGCUAGAGGCAAUGGUACAAGUAUGAUUUCUCUAAUCAUGCCUCCACGUGAUCAAAUAUCCCGGGCUACCAAGAUGUUGGGGGAUGAGUUUAGUACUGCAUUAAACAUUAAAAGUAGGGUAAAUAAACAAUCUGUGCUUGGGGCAAUUAAAUCUGCGCAGCAAAGACUUAAACUUUACAAAAAAGUUCCUCCCAAUGGGCUUGUGCUCUACAUGGGAACAAUUGUAACUGAGGAUGGGAAGGAAAAGAAGGUCACAAUCGAUUUUGAGCCAUUCAGGCCAAUCAAUGCAUCUCUUUACCUUUGUGACGACAAGUUUCAUACUGAAGUGCUGAAUGAGCUUUUAGAAUCUGAUGACAAGUUUGGCUUUAUUGUCAUGGAUGGUAAUGGGACCCUUAUUGGGACUUUGAGUGGUAAUACCAGAGAAAUUCUUCAUACAUUUAGUGUUGACCUUCCGAAGAAACAUGGAAGAGGAGGGCAAUCAGCCUGAAGGUUUGCCCGUCUUCGGAUGGAGAAACGCCAUAACUAUGUGAGGAAGACAGCAGAGCUUGCCACACAAUUUUUCAUCAAUACUUCCACCAGCCAGCCCAAUGUUUCAGGAUUAAUACUAGCUGGGUCAGCUAACUUAAAAACUGAGCUCAGUCAGUCAGCCAUGUUUGAUCCCCGUCUUCAAGCCAAAAUAUUAAAGGUGGUAGAUGUCUCUUAUGGAGGGGAGAUUGGUUUCAAUCAGGCUAUUGAGCUGUCCUCGGAAAUCCUGUCCAAUGUGAAAUUUAUUAAGGAGAAGCGCUUGAUAGGCAAAUACUUCGAGGAGAUUAGCCUGGACACUGGGAAAUAUGUUGUUGGCGUGGAUGAUACACUGAAAGCUUUGGAGAUGGGUGCUGUUAAGAUACUUAUUGUAUGGGAAAAUCUAGAUAUUAAUAGGUAUGUGAUGAAGAAUAGCACUACUAGUGAGAUUAUCAUAAAGCACUUGAAUGAGGAGCAGGAGGCUGAUCAGAGUAAUUUUUGUGCUCCUGUUGGCUCUGCUGAGUUAGAGGUGCAGGAAAAGAUGCCUCUGCUGGAGUGGUUUGCUACUGAAUACAAGAAGUUUGGCUGCACACUUGAAUUUGUCACCAACAAAUCUCAAGAAGGAUCCCAGUUCUGCAGAGGUUUUGGUGGGAUUGGGGGAAUACUCUGCUAUCAGCUCGAUAUAAGAUCAUUUGAUGAGUUUUCUGAUGAUGGUGAAGUUUAUGAUGCUUCUGAAGAUGAUGGUGAAGUUUGUGAUGAUUCUGAAUUCGAACCAAUCAACAGUUUCCCAAUGCUUGUGCAGGGGAAUGGGGGAAAAAGGACUGCACCAGUGCAGGAGAUCGAGGAAACACCCAAGGAGCUUCAUUAAGUGAUUUCAUUUAGACGUUAGAUUGUUCCAAAAAAAAAAAAAAAAA